UUCUUAUCAAUAUCAUGGCCAAAAAUAAUCUUCCACCAACUUCGACUUUGGACAUGACGCUCAUAUCCAUAUUGUGGCUUUACCUCGUCAAUUUUUACCGUUUCCUCUCCCAGUCAUUCCCCCCUUCCCCAAAAUGGUCUGCAGACCAAAUUCCCGACCUCUCUGGACGUGUUGUUAUUGUUACGGGCGGGAAUACGGGAAUUGGUAGAGAGACUAUUAGGGCGCUUCUUAGGCGAAAUGCCAAGGUAUACACGGCUGCUAGAGACGAAGAGAAGGCGCGUAACGCGAUACGGGAGCUGUUGAAAGACACGGGGAAAGAAGCAAUCUUCCUCAAGUUGGACCUUGCAAGUCUCAAGAGUGUAAGAGAAGCUGCUGCGGAAUUCAAGAGCAAAGAAACCGAACUGCAUAUUCUCUUCAAUAACGCCGGAGUUAUGUGGCCCCCUCUGCACCAAACCAGCGCCGAUGGAUACGACCUCCAAUUCGCUACCAACGUCAUGGGCCACUUCCUCCUAACGCACCUCCUCCUCGAGCACCUCAAAGCAGGAUCCAAAUCCCUCCCAGAGAAAAAAUCCCGCAUUAUCAACAUCUCAUCAGGGGCAAGCUACCUCACCCAUCGCAUCAACUGGGACACGCUGGCCGACGGGCCGAGUCGACGAGCGUGGUGGUCGUCGACAGAGGCUUUGUACCACCAGAGCAAAUUCGCAAACGUGGUAUUCUCGAACGAGCUUGCGAGACGAUACGGAGAUGAGGGGAUCGUCUCGAUCUCACUCAACCCAGGAAACAUCAAUAGCGAACUCCUCCGACACAAGUCCUCAAUUGUCCGGUACCUCAGUCGAUACUUCCUAUACUCAACGACAUACGGAGCCCUAACACAGCUCUGGGCGGGAACCGCGCGUGAGGCAUUGGGGUGCAAUGGCAUGUUCCUGGCACCGUGGGCAAGGAUCGCACGUCCGAAUCCAUGCACGGAUGACACUGCUGUAGCGAAAAAGCUGUGGGACUGGCUGGAGGAGCAUACCUCCCGUUGACAUCGGUCCUGCAUAUCUCGACCAAGUUAGUACGGGUUUACUUCUUCAACGGGUUGUUCAAUGUAUUCUAUAUCCCUAUGAGAUCGGAAUAUGCAGCACAGCCCGAGAUAGAAUCCCCAGCCA